AUGGGCGAGAUAACUUCGGUGGCCACGACCGGAUGCCACAGCUUCACACUGUACCAGGGCACAUUUAUCCAGCUCCCACGCGAACCGGCGGCGCCGGCGACAUCGACAACUGCUCCCGUAUACGAAUUGCUGGUCAAGGAUGGUGUUGUCUGGGUCGAUAACUCGGACGGACGCAUCGCGGGGUUCGAUUGGGCCGUCAGGGGGCAGGAGGAGCUUGAGGAGCUGGCAGCUAGCAUGGGGUGGAAGCUAGUAUACAAUGAUAACGAGGUCGAGAGCACCCAGGCGACGGUUGUCAGGGUGGUACGGUCCAGGGCAGAGAAGAACGGCUUCUUCUUCCCUGGUUUUAUCGACACGCAUAUUCAUGCGCCUCAAUACCCAAACUCCGGGAUAUUCGGGUCAACGACUCUGCUUGACUGGCUGAACAAGUAUACAUUUCCUAUGGAGGCGUCGUUCGGUGACAAAAACGCCCCCGACACGCCUACCAAGAGAGCCUACACCGUGUACAACGCCGUCGUGGCCCGCACGCUGUCCCACGGUACCACCAGCGCUGCAUACUAUGCAACCAUCCAUGUCCCUGCUACCAACCUGCUGGCCUCGGUCUGCCAUUCAAGGGGCCAGAGAGCGUUCAUUGGCCGAGUCUGCAUGGAUAAUCCCGACACCUGUCCUGACUUCUACCGGGACGAAUCAACAGCUGCCAUGGUGGACGCAACCAAGGCGUCCAUGUCAUAUAUCCACCGUCUAGACCCGUCAGGCACACUGGUCAAGCCCAUCAUCACUCCGCGGUUUGCCAUAUCCUGCACCAGUGAAGGACUCGCUCAGCUAGGCGAGCUUGCUGCGUCUACUAGCCCGCCAACCCACAUCCAGACACAUAUCUCCGAAAACGACGAUGAGAUUCAGACAGUCAAGGCGUUAUUCCCAGACUGCUCGACAUACGCUGAGGUAUACGACCGGGCGAAACUGAUUACUCCCCGUACCGUUCUGGCGCACGGAGUACAUCUGCACCAGUCCGAACGAGCCCUGAUCCGUGAGAGGUGUGCCGGAAUAUCGCACUGUCCCACAUCAAAUUCCUCGCUGAGCUCCGGCAUGUGUCCUGUUCGCGUCCUGCUUGACGAUGGCCUCAACGUUGGUCUCGGCACUGAUGUUAGUGGAGGGUACAGCCCAAGUGUCCUCGAGACAGCCAGACAAGCGUCUCUCGUCUCCAGGCUAGUAGCAUGCCAUUGCUCCAAGGAGGACGGGAACCGCAACAAGCUCAGUGUCGAGGAAGCGCUGUAUCUAGCCACCAGGGGCGGAGCCAAGGUGUUUAAUAUGCAGGAUGAAAUCGGCGGAUUUGAAAAGGGGAUGUUCUGGGACGCACAAAUGAUCGAGCUUGGGGACAGCAUUGAAAGUGACACUGACAGCAUCGUUACCCCUGAGCAGCUGGAUUUGCAACACUCUGGGAAAGUGUGCGUAUUUGGAUGGGAGAGCUGGGAAGAGCGAAUUGCCAAAUGGAUGUGGACAGGCGAUGAUAGGAAUGUCAAGGCUGUCUGGGUUGGAGGACGGCUGGUCCAUGGAAGCACUUAG